GUCCGGGCAUCUUUAUCUUGACGUACCAGCACACCCACACACGGCGGCGGCUUGUCGAGACCCGUGCAGACUAUAUAUGCGCUUACAACAGUCAGGAGUUGCAAUGUGUUUCAAUCGACAUGGGCUGAUCCUCGCAACCUGGGUUCGGUUUUGCCCAUUACCCCAUGCAAGAAGCUAUGAUGCCGCUGCCCCGCGAUGGAAGCUCUCGGGUGAGAGCUUGGGGGCUUGGGAGCUUGGGUCAACUGCUUUGACCUGGAUGGCACCUCGUGGUCAAUAGAAUGAUCGACACACAGGAUGGACCAAGCUACGGUACUGUUCACCCGCUAUUGACAUACAUCCUAUAGCAGCGCUUGAGGCGGUCGCAUCAUGGCUUCAAUGCCCAGCAAGAGGUGCCAUUGCCAAGCCUGGACCAGCGGAACAUUCGAUACGCAUCAGAUAUCUCCUUCGCUCCGAGACUACACACAUACACAGAGGUCAGGAAGGGUAUGAGGACCGGCCGUCGAGCCCUCUGCGUUAUGCUCGCCUUUACUGUGGGAGUUGGAGAGGCCCUGUUAUUGUCCAGGUGCCUUGCUUCGCGGCAGUCGACUGACCCGUUUACCCGAUUUGCUGUGGUGUGAUUACUUUGGCCUCUGCAAGUCAAGAUCGACUGGAGGGAUAAAAUUUCGGGAAGCUGGAUCGCCCGCAAACUAUCUUCUUGUCAGGUGGUAGCCGCCGCAAAAGGCACGUGGGCACAAGAGCGCGGUCGUCGUGAAGCUUGAGCAACUCAUCUGAAGGCGGCCAUCGAGGGGUCGACAAAGGGUUUCAUGUCAUGUUGAGGUUGCACUCCGAUCGAAAUGCUGUGAAGUUUCGCAUCUUGAUGGGUCAUUCAACCAUGUUUCAUACUGAUAUCCACUUUCCUUCUCUGGACGGCUCGUUGCACCCUAGCCGAUCCUAGCUCUGGGAGUCUCUAUUGGGACUUGAGUGCUGUGCACAGAAGAUGGGGACAUGCAUAUGGAGUUGUAUCGAAUGCAUCACGAUGGCCCUGAAAAUUUGUUUUCGGAGGUGACCGGUUUGGCCCCCUUCUCCAGGAGAACUUCAGGAACACUUCGCUCACCACAGAGGAGCGGGUCUGGGGACAGGCCGAGGGAAAAAGCGAGCGCCAAACGGUUUUUAGGUACUAGGCGCACGCUACACCAAACGCAGCACGGGUUUUGUGUGUUUCCAGGGCUGUUUCUUGCCAUGGAUUCCUGUUCCACAGGACCACGAUCCAAAUCACAGGGGUUUCCGGAUAUGUUUCCAGCACCCGUUUGCUGCCUCUGGCGUUGUUCAUGGGAAACUGGGGCCUUAACGUGAAGGUCCAUAUUCUGCUUCCACUCGGGCAACCAAAAAUGAGUGGGAGGGAGAUGCAUAAUACAGUCGCAUAUUUGCUAAUGCCGGCAAAAUCAACACCAAUGCCUUCGUCGACACAUCCACGGGCAGCUAGGACGAGGUCAGGCUUGCGAUAUCACCAUCGGAGAAAACCUGGACCACGAGUUAGAAACAACCUUUCUGGGCACAUCAUCUCUGGGCAAGGCAAGAUACCUAGACCCCAGCGAGCAGGAAUAGCCAGGGGUGACGAAACCAAGGCAGUUUCCCUUCAUAGUACAGAAAACCAAGGCCAGGGUCUGUAUUGAGCUAGUAGCUGCAAAACUGCCAGGGGUCAUCAUCAGUGGCAGUGAGGUGGGGUUUAACAGUCCCUGAUCUGAAAGACGUUGAUCAAGGAUCUCACGAAUGUCCUCUGACCAAUCCUAGCCUUGAACUCCCUGGACUCAUGAGUAGCUACGGGGAGCCAGGGCGUAUUCGUAUGGAGUGUUUGGAUCUUUAUACAGAUCUUCUGUGGCAAACGACACAUGUUACACUACUCCUCCAUGCCACAGGCACCCGUAGCGAACGCUGUCCUGGGGUUGCGGUCCCUUUGGUAUGUUUGAUGCUUGUCUGGGAACAUAACCAUGCUCUCAUGGUUAUGCCUAGCAGGACAUCAACCGGGGCAGCAGAAGCAAGGUACUGCACGGGAGCGACCGACGUCGGCUCACGACAAAGGCCCUGUCUCAUGGACCAAAAUGCGGCCAAGGCAGAAGCGGUAUUCGGGCCCUUCCCCAGGAAUAGGUAGCCCGCUGUACUGGCAUAUAAGACGGGUAGCAUCAAGUGCCUGCCAGCGGCUCUGGUCCUUCAUCCCCCCGAGUGCCCAUCUCUCUCCCACCAACCAACCGGCACCACAGAACAUCUUUGGAGAACCCUUGACCCAUACCACAUAACAUAGCUUCGCUAACACCCCACCGUUCCCUGAGCCACUGGUCGCCCCUUCCCCUUACCAUCCUCCCAGUCUCGCUUGAGGAACCAAAGGCUUGAUUUUAUCGAAAAACAGACUGCUUUGUCCGGCUGAAAUCAUCGAGCCACUCGACUCUCGACUCUCACCUCCGACACCUGGCCGGUUAAGAAGGGCAGUCACCCAGUCUCGGAGCGUUUCUUUUCUCACCCACACUGUUCAGAGGCAAACAGCAGCACCCAUCAACCCAGUGCUACUUAGCCCUUGGCCCCCCGCUCUUUUCUUCCAAGCAACCUUCGACUUUCUCUUCCUCAUCAAGAGUCGCAUUUGCUCCGACAACGGGAGACUCGACUUGAUCUGAAAGAGCACUAGUGUCUACUAUACACUAGUUAGAUCGAAAGAAACUUUCCCUUCCAGUGCAGCCGACGCAAACAAGAAAUCCGACAGCAUGUCCAAGUUGUUUAUUGGCGGCCUCGCAUGGCACACCGAGGAGGCUACUCUGAGGCAAAAGUUUGAGGAGUUUGGCGUGGUGGAAGAAGCAGUUGUUGUCAAAGAUCGCGACACUGGCCGUAGUAGAGGCUUCGGUUUCGUCAGAUACACCAACCCAGACGACGCCCAGAAAGCCAUCUCUGCGAUGAACAACAUUGAAUUCGACGGCCGUCAGAUCCGUGUCGACAAGGCCUCGGACACUGGUCCCAGAGGCGGCGGACGAGGAGGUCCUCCUGGCUUCGGCCGUGGUGGAUACGGAGCCGUCCAGAUGGGAGGUUCUCCGAUGCCCAUGGCAUACGGCGCCCCGCAACCGUACGGAAUGCCACCCAACGUCUACGUCCAGCCUUACGGACGCGGAUACUCCCAGGCCGUCCCGGCAGGCUACGCUGCCCCUCCCCAAACCUGGCAACAGCCAUACGGAUACCCUGAUCCCUCCCAGCAAGGCCAGCCGCGCCAGCAGCCGCAGCCUAACCCAGGUCAAGGAUACUAGGAAUUUCGUCAACCAGACCACCGUGGUUCUCUUCCUCCUAACAGCUUCUUCUAGAAGAAAUGACUUUGAGAACCGAUACCCAAAACAACACACGACCCGUUCGAGUUUUCUGUACGAUCAGGGCUUUUUGCUGCUCUUUGAGAACCACCACAUAUACCCCGCUCGAUCCCUUUUCCGAUACGUUUUUUUUGUCUUUCUCAUGUUAUGAUCGACAGUUCUUCGGUUUAGUCGGACGGCUACCUAGACAACAGCAACUGGGCUUUGUUGGCUCCGUCUCCCCGUCCAAUUAUUAUUUGUCAGCCCAGAAGCAAAACAGGGAUUUUACCACCCAUUUACCUGUGGCAUAUGUGGUGGUGGUGGCUUCUGAGAAAUUUCUGGGCGUGUUUCUGUUUUAAUUUUUUGUCUUGUUUGCUUAGUCUUUAAUGCAUUUCUUCUGCCCGUUUUGUGAUAUGUCCUGUUUGGUUUGUUUCUUCUUUCUCAAAAGUAGGGAUAUCAUGUGUGUGUGUAUUAUACUAUUGUUGUGUGUGUGUGUGUGUGUGUGGGACUAAGGCUGACGACGAAACGGCUGUGGGAAUUGGGUUGAGCAUUGGGGGGAUGCAGAUAAAGGGUGUGUUAUGAAUCAAGGGGGGAAUGGGUUAUGUCAUGGGCUUCCCUUUUGUUCAACAAUGCCGCGGUUGUUUCUUGUCUCAUGUGCGACAUGAGAA